AUGACUGUAACGACUCGCAAACGCGCCAACGACGCCGCUUCUACUCCGCGCACUUCAAAGCGGCUCAAAGCAUCUCCCACCAAAGCGCGUCUAGAUGCACCAUCAACGAGCGCUCAAGCGACGAAGAAGCCUACUUCUCGACGUGCCUCCGCGUCUUCUCGCAAGGUACAAGGAGUGAAACUGACGCCAAAAGAGCGCGAGAAAGCCGCUUUGGUCGCCGCGCUUUCCGCUGCACGAGCUCGACACGCCGAGGAGCAGAAGCAACUUGCUGAGAGUGCGCCUAGACGCGAUUCCGUCUUCUAUCUUCAAGACGCCGGUGACUUCAAACGACGAGGAGAGUGUUCCAUCAAGACGAAGAAAGCAGACAUGUUCGUGUUCCUGGCUGAAGGAACCCUCUUCCGCCUCCCUCGGUCUGCGCUUGUAAAGCAUUCAAACCUGUUCGCGGACAUGUUUGCAGUACCGCCUCCCAAAGGCGAAAGUGCUGAAGGUCGCAGCGAUGGCCAUCCGAUCGUUUUGUACGACAUGAAGGCGGAGGGCCUGCGAUGCUUCAUUCGCUAUGUCCAGGGAACUGAUAACUCGGACAGGCGCGCCGAACAACUCCACAUGUUGACAUUCGCUCAUCGCGCCGCCGCGCACGCGGCAUACGAGAAUGCUUCUCAGUGCCUUUAUCGCGCAGAAGCCACUCGUCGACCUCCCUGGGCAUCUGGGUCAAACGGCUACGACAAGUAUAUGGAGACCUUCAACUGGCAGAAUUUGACAUCUCGCGAGUCUGCCAUCGAGCUUCUGGAUGCUGCUUUGGAAUCAGGUUUUGAUCUUGCUUUCUUCCCUGGCGCCCUGGCGACCUUGGUCUGCAAUGAAGAGCCUCUCACUAUGGAAGAGAAAGCUGCUUUCAUGCGACGAGACCCUCCUGAACUUGACGAUAACGCGUUCUCGUUUCUUUACGAAGACGAACAUAGCAAUGACUCUCUGGAAGGAAGCUCAGAGAGCGACUCCUACGAUAGCUCAGACGAAGCAGAUCGACAUAACAUUGGCAAGGGCGCUCAACUCAUACGCAACCUAGAACGUGCGCGCACAAUGUGGUCAUACUGUACGCGUAUCGCCGGAGAAGGGAUCCAUGAGCGCGGAAGGCUGGGCGUCGUCCUUCGGACCGUUUGGGUACCUCCAACAGAACGUUCUAGCGGUUGGGAGGUGUUGUGUAUCCACCCGUGA